GCGGAGCGUGUGCGGUGGAGACACAUGCGGGUGCGCGCUCCGCGGGUCGCGCGCCAGGGUUCGGGCCCCAGCGCGCACACUUAGCGGCGUCCUGUCGGGUCGGCCGCGUCUACGAUGCCCCCGGAAACGCCGCCCGCGCUGGGUGAGCGGGAGGAGCGGCCUGCUCCCGCUGGGACCCGGAAUCUCAGACUCCAAGUCCCCUGGCGGUGGGAAUGUGGGGGCCCCCACUAUUGUUCCGGACGGCCCUCAGCGCCUUUUUCCAGGAGACCAACAUCCCCUACAGUCACCAUCACCACCAGAUGAUGUGCACUCCCGCCAACACCCCUGCAACGCCCCCAAACUUCCCUGAUGCCCUCACCAUGUUCUCCCGUCUCAAGGCCUCUGAGAGCUUCCACGGUGGCGGCAGCGGCAGCCCAAUGGCCUCCUCGGCCACGUCACCCCCGCCGCACUUGCCCCACGCCGCCACCAGCAGCUUUGCAGCACCCAGCUGGCCAAUGGUGGCUUCACCCCCAGGGGGGCCACAGCACCACCAGCCUCAGCAGCCGCCCCUGUGGACUCCGGCACCCCCUUCCCCAGUGUCAGACUGGCCACCCCUGGCCCCCCAACAGGCCACCUCAGAACCAAGGGCUCACCCUGCCAUGGAGGCUGAAAGAUAAGGGAGGCCCCUCCCCCCUCCCGGAGGCCUGGACCCCGUGGGGCGGGGGAGAAGACAUCUCCACAGGCCCCCUUUUACCCUCCUCUGUCUGCACCCCCUUUCCCUGGAGCCCUGGAGGGGAGAGACUGGACCCCUGUGCCAGCACACAGGCUGCCCGCGAGUGCACGAAGUGCAGGUUCACGGCACCCAGCUUGCAUGGAUUUGGUUCAGAAUCAUCUGGGUGCUCGUGGACAGAACUUCAGAGACCAAGCAGCCUUCCCCAGAGGACUCACCCCAUCUCAGGAGUCCGCGGAGAUUUGCCUGGCUCCUGCUUGGAGCUCCUUGGGGCCAGCAGACCUAGAUCCCCACCCUCGUGAAUGCAGAGCCUUCUCCGCAUGUGUGCGUGUGGCUGUGUCUGUAUUUAUACGUAUGUCACUAUUCAAGAAGCAACCUAGUUUAUGGGGCAGCUGGACUUUGCAUGUUAGAGUGAGCCCCUUGCCCGUUGUCCCCCUCCCCAGGGUCCUUUCCUCUCCCCACCCCCUCAGCAGCCAGCUUUGCUGUUCUUUGCAGAGAAAAGGAUUGUGGGAAACUCCAGGAUUCUUCCCACCCAUCCCCCAGCGCGUGCCUGCUGGGACUGCCUGCAUGCCUCCCCCAGGGGUACCCCAUACCCAUUUCCUUUCCCCCUUUUAACAAAGGAGAAGAAAGAGUUCCAAACCACCA